CCAGGAAAAACCGGACCAAAACAGCUCAUCAGAUUUCAGAACUACGCCCUCUCUCUUCCGUAUUCUUCUUUCCUUCGUUUUCUUUCCCUCAAAGCAGAUCUACAAAGAGAAACCCUAGAAUUUCCCCAAACCCUUUCAAAAAUCCAUUUUUUCUCUUCAAUUCCAUGGCAGAUAUCGGAUAUUUCCGGCGAAACUGACAUACUUCCGGUCAAAUCGGCCGAUUCCCGGCGAGAAUUUCACCUCGUCUCGAUCUUUCCGUCCGUUUGCUCUGCUUAUACGCAUGAGCUGUUCCGUCAAUCUAGGGUUUUCUUCUGCGAAUUCGAACCAUUUCAUCACGUGCCUUUUGAUCUUCGUCCUUCAUUAUUCCCCUCAAUUGCCUCCUUCCCUUUUUAAUUUCGAGAAGAUCUCAACGGUAAGGAUCGCGACACGACGUCAGCAUGGAGUCUCGGAAUGGAAUUGAUCGUCAGUUGAAGAGAGCUUCUUGCUAUUCAGAAGUUGAGAGAAAACCCCUCUCUCCUUCUGUCAUUGUCAUUGGUGGUGGCUUUGCUGGCAUUGCAGCUGCUCGUGCUCUUCAUGAUGCGUCUUUUCAGGUUGUUCUGUUAGAGUCUCGGGAUAGACUUGGUGGCCGAGUGUACACUGAUUAUUCAUUUGGUUUUCCCGUUGACAUGGGUGCAUCAUGGUUGCAUGGGGUCUGUAAGGAGAAUCCUUUGGCACCAUUGAUUGGCAGACUGGGACUUCCGCUCUACCGUACUAGUGGUGAUAACUCUGUGUUGUAUGACCACGAUUUGGAAAGUUAUGCACUAUUUGAUACGGAUGGGCACCAAGUCCCUCAAGAACUGGUCACAAAGGUUGGCCAGGCAUUUGAGAGUAUUUUGCAAGAGACAGAGAAGGUAAGGCAGGAAAAUAGUGAAGACAUGUCUAUACUUCAGGCCAUCUCUAUUGUUCUGGAGAGGCGUCCAGAUUUAAGGCAAGAAGGACUUGCUCACAAGGUACUCCAAUGGUACUUGUGUAGAAUGGAGGGCUGGUUUGCUGCAGAUGCGGAUACCAUCUCACUGAAAUGCUGGGAUCAGGAAGAACUGCUCUCCGGUGGUCAUGGGCUAAUGGUCCGGGGUUAUCUCCCUGUUAUAAAUACUCUGGCCAAAGGGCUCGACAUCCGUCUCAGUCAUAGGGUGACAAAGAUUGUCCGCCGUUAUAAUGGAGUCAAAAUCACGGUCGAAAAUGGGAAGACAUUCACAGCGGAUGCAGCUGUGGUUGCAGUCCCACUCGGGGUUCUGAAGUCCAACUCUAUAAAGUUUGAGCCCAGACUUCCAGAGUGGAAGGAAGCUGCGAUUGCGGACCUUGGUGUUGGAACCGAGAACAAGAUCGCGCUGCACUUCGACAAGGUCUUCUGGCCCAAUGUCGAGUUCCUGGGAGUAGUUUCACCCACUUCUUAUGGAUGCAGCUAUUUCCUGAACCUUCACAAGGCGACUGGCCACCCAGUCCUAGUUUACAUGCCUGCUGGGCGUCUUGCCCAUGACAUCGGGAAGAUGUCUGAUGAAGCUGCUGCUAAUUUUGCCUUUCUGCAACUCAAGCGGAUUCUCCCUGAUGCCUGUGAACCAAUUCAGCAUCUCGUCUCCCAUUGGGGAUCGGAUGUGAAUUCGCUCGGCUCCUACAGCUAUGAUUCCGUCGGAAAGCCUCACAAUCUGUACGAGAGGCUACGUAUCCCUGUAGACAAUCUCUUCUUUGCAGGUGAGGCGACGAGCAUGAGCUACCCAGGAACUGUGCACGGUGCCUUCUCGACUGGUCUGAUGGCUGCUGAGGACUGCAGGAUGCGCGUGUUGGAACGGUAUGGUGAGCUGGAUCUGUUCCAUCCGGUCAUGGGUGAUGACUCUACAUCCGUGUCCGUCCCCCUUCUCAUCUCGCGCAUGUAAUUCUCCUCCCUGAUCAGGUCCCUAUGUUAAACACGGGUAUAGCUUACACAUUCUUCCACAACACCUAGUGUCCCUUAAAAAAAAAGAUCAUAGGAAAAUCUCUGUUUUCCUUGGAUUUUUUUUGUAGGCAUUUGGUACGUGUAUUCUCUUCCUCUGUCUGACAUAGCUUAUGACUGUGGACACAAGGGUAGAAGACUUCAAUUUCUAGUUUGUGUUUGUGCAUCAAGGGGCAGGGAUUGUUGUUGCCCCAGCAUUACAAAACACUCCUCAUGUGAGUUUUAGUUAUUAUCAUUGCCUGGAAAUAUCAUUUUGAAGGCAGUGAUGCUUAGAUGAUAAAUUUUCAAUAGCGUCAUUAGCAUCAGGACAGUUGAUCAUGUGGACUUCAAUCAAGCUUUAUUAUACAAAAAUAAUAGUUAUGGGAUCUUAA